AGAGAACCCGGAGUUCCACGUCCCAAGCCAAGCCUCGUGAUCCUCGAAAACUGCAAGCCCCAGGAUGCAGCGCGGCGCAGGGACCCAGCGCCCGGCGCGGGCCCGCGAGCCACCGCCCUGAAACUAGGAAGACGCCCGAUUCCUUUGCCCGCCACGCCGCCGGGCGCGCGCGGAGCCUGCCGGGACUUGUAGUGUCCUUGGCUGGGAGUGCCCGCUCCGGAAUCUCAGUCGCCGUCUGGUGGGGUAGAGGCGGCGCGUGCACGCGUGCGCAGUGCGCGGGCGGGCCGUCGUGGGCGCCGCUCCCGGCAGCUGAGUGCCUGAAGGAGCCGGGUCCGCGUCGGCGCGGGUGCUCCGGGCGGAGGCCGCGUGUGAUGUUCAAGCCCAGAAAUGCCUUAUGUGGAUCGGCAGAAUCGCAUCUGUGGUUUUCUAGACAUUGAAGAAAAUGAGAACAGUGGGAAAUUUCUUCGACGGUAUUUCAUCCUGGAUACCAGAGAGGACAGCUUCGUAUGGUACAUGGAUAAUCCACAGAACUUGCCUUCGGGAUCAUCACGGGUUGGAGCCAUUAAACUUACCUACAUUUCAAAGGUUAGUGAUGCAACUAAGUUAAGGCCAAAGGCAGAGUUUUGUUUUGUUAUGAAUGCAGGGAUGAGAAAAUACUUCCUACAAGCCAAUGAUCAGCAAGACUUAGUGGAGUGGGUCAAUGUCUUGAACAAAGCUAUAAAAAUUACAGUACCAAAGCAGUCAGACUCACAGCCGGCUUCUGACAGCCUGAGUCGCCAAGGUGACUGUGGCAAGAAGCAAGUGUCUUACAGAACUGAUAUUGUUGGUGGUGUUCCCAUCAUCACUCCAACUCAGAAAGAAGAAGUAAAUGAAUGUGGUGAAAUUAUUGACAGAAACAAUUUGAAACGGUCCCAAAGCCAUCUUCCUUACUUUACUCCUAAGCCACCUCCAGACAGUGCAGUUAUCAAAGCUGGAUAUUGUGUGAAGCAAGGAGCAGUGAUGAAGAACUGGAAAAGAAGAUAUUUUCAAUUGGAUGAAAAUACAAUAGGCUACUUCAAAUCUGAACUGGAAAAGGAACCUCUGCGGGUAAUACCACUUAAAGAAGUUCAUAAAGUCCAAGAGUGUAAGCAAAGUGACAUAAUGAUGAGGGACAACCUGUUUGAAAUUGUAACGACUUCUCGAACUUUUUAUGUGCAGGCUGAUAGCCCUGAAGAAAUGCACAGUUGGAUUAAAGCAGUCUCUGGCGCCAUUGUAGCACAGCGGGGACCUGGCAGAUCAGCAUCUUCUGUUAACUCUAAUCUUAGCUUUGCACUGUGUUCCAGAUGCGGCAGGCCAGAAGGCUGUCGAACCCUUGUAUACAGAGGUAUACAUCAAGAGCUGGUGAAUGCAGCACGAGCAUUCCGGCUGCCCUUCAGAAUCCAAAUACACUGUCCGCCCUGCCGGGGCAGCAGCAGGCACCUCACAUUCCGCAGCCUCUCGCAGCCACUCUCUGGUCUCAAGCUAUACCAUGGAGAAGCGAGGAUUUUACGAAUCUCUUGCCAAGAUCAAGCCAGGGAACUUCAAGGUCCAGACUGUCUCUUCAAGAGAAUCAGCUUCCAAAGUGACUGAACAAGCUCUGCUUAGACCUCAGAAUAAAAAUGGCCCUCAGGGAAAAGGUGGUGAGCCAGUGGACUUAGAUGAUGCCAGCCUGCCAGUCAGUGAUGUGUAGGGUUGCCUGCCCCACUCAUCCCUCAGUGUCCUUUCAUGAGGGUUCUAGCCAAAGAUGAUAGAGGAUGGAUGGUUUCAGUGCAUAUAUUAUGUUGUCUCUUGGGUGUACUCUAUAAACUGGCAAACCGAGAAUCUAGGGAGUGGCCAAGUCAAUGUAAUUUCUUUAAGAAAGGAAGGAAAAAAGCUGUCUCCAUAUCAACUGUCUGAAGCUUUAUGUGUUUGGGUGGUAAAAAUGUGUGUGUGACUUUUUUUUUUCUAGUGACUUUGAAAUUUUAAAUAACAACUUAAAACAUUAAAAUUUCUUAUUAUUUGGUCAUUUAAAAUGCUAAUAUGACUCCCUAUGAAAUACUCAACAUUUACACAUUCUUAUCAGUUAACAUUAUCAAUUGGGACAUUGCUAGACAAAAAUUCUUACACUCAUGAUGUCGUGGUGCUGCAAAAUUUAUAUUGCAAUGUGGAUUAUAUAGAAAUUCUAACCAUUUUUGAUAUCAGGUGAGUGGUAAAUUUUGCAUAGAAGAUUUGAUUAGACUGUUGGUGCAGGUAGGAGUUGAACGGGGGUGGAACAGCAAAGGUGAGGGAUUAGAGCUCACCUAUUAUUAGCUUUAUGGCUAAGGUUUUUUUCUUUUUGGUGAGGACUUUUUUUUUUUUUGAGACAGAGUUUCUUUGUAUCCAUGUCUGUCCUGGAACUUGUGGUGAUCCUCCUGCCUUUGCUGCCUCCCAAAUUAUAGGCAUGUGUUACACAGUGUGAUACUUCUUUGAAAAAGCUUAGAAUUUGCACCUAUCAGUAUUUUAUUUCAGUAAAAAUUAUUUGGUCAUAAAUUUUGGGAAGAUCUGAUUUUUUUUGCCCAAGACAGUUUCUCUAUGUAGUCCUUGCUAUUCUGGAACUUGUUCUGUAGACCAGGCUGGCCUAAAACUCACAGAGAUCCUCCUGAGUGCUGGGAUUAAAGGCAUGUACCACAACAUCCAGCUGAUUUUUUUUUUUGCUGAUUUUUUUUUUUUUUUGUAAAUAGAUCUUAUUUUUGAAUUUGGAUUAGUGAAAGACCUCUCAGUUCAUAUGUGAAGUUAUAAAUGCCCUCAGUCAUGAAAUUGUUGUGGCCUCUACUUUUUCAUCAUUAAUAACCUAUAUUCAAGUGCCUGUGUCUUCUCAUCUCAUUUAGGAUGUGCUUCAAGUCCUACAUGAUUGGCUUUAAAUGUUUGAAUAAAUUAAUUUCAAUAGCAUAGUUUGAUAUGUUAAAUAAGAUAGCUUUUUAUGUCAGGGACACCAGAAUGUUGGUGUUCUACUAUCUGUGCAAUAUUUAUGUCUUGAAAUAAAUUGGAGUAUGCAUUUAAUCGUGGGGAUACCCUAAAUGGAAGUACCUCUCUAAAGAACCCAUAGUUUCCGGUGUCGAGUGAUAGACUGGUCUGAGCAAGUACUGUUUUGUGGCAAAGUCUUAAGUGUUUGCUUUCCCCAGGCUGCUGCUCUAUAGUAUUCCCAGUCCCACACACUUCUGUUUUGGUAACAUGGGUGUUAGUGUUUUGCCUUUUUAUGUUUUAAGACUACUUGUUGGAGGAGGAGGAGGAGGAGGAAAUCGCUUCUGUGUGGGGUCUAGGGGCCGAGAUGUGUUAUUUAGUUGUCCAGCACAAGAACAUACCACUUACCUUUUGUAUUCAUAAGCUAAUAUGUUAGAGUUCUAUGUAGUUUUCUUUUUUGCAACUGCAUUGGAAAACCAUAGGACAACGAGGUUUUUAAGCAAUCACCACCCUUCUGCUGCUGUGUUCAUUAUCCAGGCUCUUUGGGAAGUUCCUUUUUCAUGAACAUACCUAGGAACCGUGUACAGAUACUUUGCAGUAUUGAUGAGCCUGGCGCUGUUUUCUUUGGUACAGCCUCCACAGUGCACGUUUAUUUUAGCAUAUUUUGGUAUUGGUAAUUUGAUAUAUUUCAUGGUGGCAAAAUAUUAGCUCUAUUUUGGGACUUUUUAUAGAAUUACCUUUAUUCAAAAGCAUAGGAAUAUGUUCUUGUGGUUGUCAGAAUUUCUUAAUAUUUAUCUCAAUUCUUUUGUAAGCUAAUGGAAAUUAUUUAAUUAUUUUAAAACAUACCUUCUUGUAAAUAUGUCACAUCUGAAGUGUCAACAGUUACUUUGAAUACCGUAAUGUUUGCUGCAUUUUUUCCUGUGUGUAUAUUGUAUCUCCUUUCAGAACAGGAAUGUGCCUCCUGAUGUUUACUGUUACACCUGCUCUCUUUGUAUGUCCGAUUGGUUGAACACUGUAAUGACUUGAGAAUAAACUGCUCAGAAUUCA